GCUAGUUAGCGUCAAACAAAUGUCACACCGACAAAAAAUUUGGAUUCGAUUUUUGUACCAUAGUUUUGGAAAAAUAAUGCACCAUUUAGUCCAAUACGAAUUAGUUUAGUAUUUUCAGUAAAUUGUUUGUAAACAUCACUAUGGAGGACGUUCUUGAUGAAGUUGUAUCUUCGGAAGAUUUGCAAAAGUUCGAGAAAGUGUUUCAUGAACAACUGCAUCAGGGUAAAGUGACGCAUAAGGCGCAGUUUGAGUACGCGUGGUGCCUGGUGCGCAGCAGAUACCCCACCGACAUCAGGAAGGGUAUUCUGUUACUGAAAGAGCUAUUCAACUCUCAUCCGGAUGGCAAACGAGACUACCUGUUCUACCUUGCCAUUGGCAACGCAAGAAUCAAGGAGUACAACAAGGCACUGCACUAUGUUAAGUCAUUCCUUGAAAUUGAACCAGCGAACCAACAAGUUUUGGCAUUAGAGCGGCAGAUCAACAAACGCAUGGAGAAGGAGGGUCUGAUCGGCAUGGCGGUGGCAGGCGGCGCCGUGUUGGCGCUCGGCGGUCUCGUUGGGCUCGGCAUCGCGCUCGCAUCUAGCAAAAAAUAGCAUUUGGCCUUCCUUGUGAACGCACUCAUAGGCGUUCAUUGCUUCCUCAAAAAGAAGAAAGACACCAAACCAGAGUAGGGGACGCCACUGUCGCAACAUCACACGUCACACAGCUUUCAGUGUGCAUUAGAAUAGACUUUUUAUUGUACAAAUAUCACUUAAGAUUAAAAAAAAAUACAUAAAAAAUGUUCUCUACGCAAACCAAAACGUGUUUCUGUCGAUAAGGGUAGUUUAGUAUUUCUAUGAAUAUUAUAGAUGUUAUUUAUGUGAUAAAUGUGAAAUGUAUUUAUUCCUUUAGCUUUAGGCACUACUCUAUAAUUUAAGAGCAUGAUCGAUUUAAUAUUUAAAAGAAAAUUGUCAAUAUUCCAUUAAAUAAAUUUGUUUUGUUUUA